AGCUAUGAACAGAAAUCAUCUGUUUGGUUGAGGCUUGAGUAUCCAUCUAACUUAUGUCCUACCUUCCAUAUUCUAAUUUCAUUACAUUUUGUGUAAUCUAACGUCUCUUUGAAUCAAACCCAUGACUUCCCAACCAUCAGUUUGGUACACAAUCACCCUCCUUCUUCCUUCCUUCACUCCUUUCUUAUUUACAUCAUAUAUCUUCUUCUUUAAAGCCUUCAUUACUGCCUCUUUCUUUCAUACCUUUACUUACUUUUGCCAUGGCUGCCCUCAAUUCUCUUCCUUUUCCUGGCUCUGAUGAGAAUCCUCCUCCAUCAAGGCAAUCAGGAGGAAAAAUAUGCAGGGUUUGUGGAGAUGGAAUAGAAGUAAGAGAUGAUGGGGCAGUUUUUGUGGCAUGCAAUGAUUGCAGAUUUCCUGUGUGCAGACCAUGCUAUGAGUAUGAAAGGAGUGAAGGCACUCAGUGUUGUCCUCAGUGUAACACUCGCUACAAUCACCAUAAAGGAUCUCCAAGGGUUGAGGGUGAUGAAGAAGAAAAUGAUGCUAAUGAUUUAGAUGAUGAAUUUGAGAUUAAGAUUAACCCUACAAAUGCUACCAAUCAAUAUGAAAAUGGCGAGUAUAACCAACAGCAAUGGCAUCCCAGUAGACAUGGUCUUUCUUCUUUUGCUGGAAGUGUUACCGGUAAGGAUUUUGACGCGGAGAAGGAGAUGAAUGGGAAGGAUUUUGAAGACGAAAAGGAUGCAUAUGGUAAUAGUGAUCAAUGGAAGGAAAGAGUAGAGAAAUGGAAAAGCAGGCAAGAAAAGAAAGGUUUAGUUAACUCAUAUGAUGCUGAAAAUGAUCAAGUUGAAGAAGAUGAUUUCUUGAUUGCAGAAGCAAGGCAACCGUUGUGGAGAAAAGUCCCAAUCUCAUCAAGCAAAAUCAACCCAUACCGUAUUGUCAUUGUUAUGCGGCUUAUCAUCCUAGCCUUCUUCCUAAGGUUCCGAAUAUUAACCCCAGCAACCGAUGCCUACCCAUUGUGGCUCAUCUCUGUUAUCUGCGAGACUUGGUUCGCGUUCUCUUGGAUACUUGAUCAGUUUCCCAAGUGGUUUCCUAUCAACCGUGAAACUUACUUGGAUCGUCUUACUUUGAGAUUUGAACGCGAGGGGGAGCCUAACCGGCUAGCCCCAGUUGAUUUCUUUGUUAGUACGGUUGACCCACUUAAAGAGCCGCCUAUUAUUACGGCAAACACUGUUUUAUCCAUCUUGGCGGUUGAUUAUCCUGUUGAGAAGGUGAGCUGCUAUGUAUCGGAUGAUGGUGCUUCGAUGCUCCUGUUUGAUGCACUAUCGGAAACUGCUGAGUUUGCUAGGAGAUGGGUUCCAUUCUGUAAGAAGUAUAGCAUUGAGCCUAGGGCUCCCGAGUUUUACUUCUCUCAAAAAAUGGACUACUUGAAGGAUAAGGUCCAAGCUACAUUUGUCAAAGAUCGGAGAGCAAUGAAAAGAGAAUACGAAGAAUUCAAGGUCAGAAUCAAUGCAUUGGUUGCAAAAGCACAAAAGAAACCGGAAGAAGGAUGGGUUAUGCAAGAUGGAAGCCCCUGGCCUGGGAAUAACACUCGUGAUCAUCCUGGAAUGAUCCAGGUUUAUCUAGGAAGUGAAGGAGCACUAGAUGUGGAAGGUAAAGAGUUGCCAAAGCUGGUUUACGUGUCACGUGAGAAACGACCUGGAUAUAAUCACCACAAGAAAGCUGGUGCAAUGAAUGCAUUGGUUCGUGUUUCAGCCGUUCUUACAAAUGCACCAUUCAUGUUGAAUCUCGACUGUGAUCAUUAUCUCAAUAACAGUAAGGCUGUAAGAGAAGCUAUGUGCUUCUUGAUGGAUCCUCAAUUUGGCAAGAAACUUUGCUAUGUUCAGUUUCCUCAGAGAUUUGAUGGGAUUGACAGACAUGAUAGAUAUGCUAAUCGCAAUAUCGUGUUUUUCGACAUUAACAUGAGAGGCUUAGACGGAAUUCAAGGGCCGGUGUAUGUAGGAACCGGAUGCGUGUUUAACCGACAGGCUUUAUAUGGAUAUGAUCCUCCCGCUUCAGAGAAAAGACCGAAGAUGACGUGUGACUGCUGGCCUUCAUGGUGCUGUUUCUGUUGUGGUAGGAGAAAGAAGACCAAGUCGAAGAAUAAGAAAGGAAUCAAGAGUUUGCUUAGCAAGUUAUACAGUAAAAAGAAGAAGACGAUCAUGGGGAAAAAAUAUUCGAGAAAGUCCUCUGUACCCACCUUUGAUCUCGAGGACAUUGAAGAGGGACUCGAAGGCUAUGAAGAGUUGGAGAAGUCAUCUCUUAUGUCUCAAAAGAACUUUGAGAAGAGGUUCGGUCAGUCACCGGUUUUCAUUACUUCUACCCUAAUGGAAGAUGGAGGUCUUCCUGAAGGGACGAAUUCUACCGUAUUGAUCAAAGAAGCCAUUCAUGUAAUUAGCUGUGGGUAUGAAGAAAAAACUGAAUGGGGCAAAGAGAUUGGAUGGAUAUAUGGGUCUAUAACAGAAGAUAUUUUAACCGGCUUCAAAAUGCACUGCAGAGGAUGGAAAUCAGUGUACUGCAUGCCAAAAAGACCAGCCUUUAAGGGAUCUGCCCCAAUCAAUCUAUCAGAUAGAUUGCACCAGGUUCUGAGGUGGGCUCUUGGAUCAGUCGAAAUUUUCCUCAGUCGACACUGUCCCUUGUGGUAUGCUUGGGGAGGGAAGCUAAAGUUGUUAGAACGGCUUGCUUAUAUUAAUACCAUCGUUUACCCCUUCACCUCAAUUCCACUGCUUGCCUACUGUACGAUCCCCGCUGUCUGUCUUCUCACCGGGAAAUUCAUUAUUCCAACCCUAACAAACUUGGCAAGUGUAUGGUUCUUGGCUCUCUUCCUCUCCAUCAUAGUAACGGGAGUGCUCGAGCUAAGAUGGAGUGGCGUUAGCAUUGAGGAUUGGUGGAGGAACGAGCAAUUUUGGGUAAUCGGUGGUGUCUCGGCACACUUAUUUGCAGUUUUCCAAGGCCUAUUAAAGGUACUUGCAGGAGUAGACACAAACUUCACAGUUACUGCAAAGGCAGCUGAUGAUACUGAGUUUGGUGAGCUUUACCUCUUCAAGUGGACUACCCUUUUAAUUCCACCCACAACUUUGAUCAUACUCAACAUGGUCGGCGUUGUAGCUGGAGUAUCGGAUGCCAUUAACAACGGGUACAACUCAUGGGGCCCGUUAUUCGGGAAGCUUUUCUUUGCCUUUUGGGUGAUUGUUCACCUUUACCCUUUCCUAAAGGGUUUGAUGGGAAGACAAAACAGAACACCCACUAUUGUAGUUCUAUGGUCCAUUCUUCUUGCAUCAAUCUUCUCUUUGUUGUGGGUUCGAAUUGAUCCGUUCUUGCCCAAACAAACUGGCCCGAUUCUCAAGCAAUGCGGCGUAGAGUGCUAAUAUAAUCAUGUAUACCUCUUCCUUUAUAUUUUGUCUUCCUGCAAGAAUGUCUAUAAUUGCAUGUUUAAUGCUUAGUAAUUUUGUAAUUAGGGAGAAAGUGUUCUUGAGUACUCUUGCAAAUUACAUAAUCUCAAAUGAAAUCUUCUUCUGUAUUUGUCAACACAAAUAUUCUAAGACAUUGUAGAAAAACAUAGCAUCAUUACUAGUAAGAACAAUAGAAAUACAAAUAAAGGCAUACUAAAUUUUUAAGUACUUCUCAAUAUUUGUAAACAAUUUCUGGUUAUAAACAUCAUUAUGAAAAAUACAGAUUAACAUAAA